CCAGCGGCGCAGGCUGAUGAUGCCGCGGGAAGCGCGGCCGCAGCUUCUCCUGUGGCGCGGGGGCGAUGCAGCUGCAGCGGUGUGGGGCGGGCGGCGGGCGGCUGGGCGCGCUGGCGGGGCUGGGCAGGAGCGGGGCGGCCGCGCUGCCGCUGCCCGGCUGCCUCCUCUACACCAGGACCGGAUCGGCCCCGCACCUCACCCUCGACACCCUGCGGGCGGUACGCGGCGUCCCCCCCGUGGCGCAGGUCGCCCUGCCCGCCAUGGCAGAAAUUCAUGAUGUCCUGGAAGAAUAUAAAGAAGGAGCUGCAAAAUUUGUAGGUAUGCCAGACACGGUGCUGUACUGCUCCCUUUAUGACCCAGUUGCUCCCUGCCCACCUGGCUACAACACUAACAAGACAGUGUCCCUGUGGGGAAGCUCAGGACGCAUGGAAUUGACAGCUUCCAAGUUCAUGGAUAUACAGCGCGCCAUCCAGCCAGACUGGUUCCAGUGCAUCUCUGAUGGAGACACCAUUUUUGGGGAAGUUAGUAGAAAAAGGGUCAAGAGAUCUGUGGAUAGGUCGCUUUCCUUCCUGGAUGAAUGCCUUCAGCUGCUAGAAAAAUCACCGGAGCUACAAGGAAGUGUAAUGUUUGGAGCAAUUGAAGGAGGAGAUGUCUUGGAAGAGAGACUCAGAUCAGCCAGGGAGACUGCCAAGCGACCUGUGGGUGGCUUUCUGCUAGAUGGCUUCCAGGGAUCUGCCAUGGCCAAGGAGACCAAGUUGAAACUGAUAGCUUCUGUCAUAGCAGAGCUGCCAGAGGAUAAACCGAGAAUCAUCCAUGGUGUAGGCAAACCAGAUGAUGUACUUGAGUGCAUCGAAAGGGGAGUGGACAUUUUUGAGAGCUUCUUUCCCUUCCAGGUGACAGAGCGAGGCUGUGCCUUAGUUUUCAAUUAUAACUACAACCCAGAUUCUGAAGCAGCAGAUUUAAAACAAAAUAAGGCCCAGGACGUGGAGAAGAAUGGUGCUGAAGAAGAUCAGGAUGAAAUCUCCAAGGCUGACGCAGAAAUGACACCGUUUGAGAUAUUUCUGAAGGACAAAAGAUACCAAGAUGAUUUUGGCCCUGUGCUGGAAGGAUGCACCUGCUACUGCUGUCAGAGGCAUACUCGUGCCUACGUCCAUCACCUCCUUGUGACCAAUGAGCUGCUGGCUGGUGUCCUGCUCAUGAUGCACAACUUCCAGCAUUAUUUCAGUUUCUUCAGUGCCAUACGGGAUGCCUUAAGAGACAACAAACUGGAUCAGCUGAAAGAGCUUGUCUUCAGGCAGGCACUUCAAGGCCUGGCAAAAGCAAAGCCAGGCCAGUGAGUCUAGAGAGGAUAAAGGUGUGAGAUGAGGGUCACCUGGACCUGUUUGUAGUAAAAUGCCUUUCUUCCUGGAGGAAACUGAAGGAGAUAUUUGAAAAAGAUCUCGCUUCCUGGCAGGGAAGGAAGUUCUUAUUCAAACGUCCCUUUCAGUUAAUUGCCUUGGUGCAUCCUUGGGAUAUGGAAGAACCUGAGCAGCUCAGAAGACCAGUAUGGGAUAGCUUUGUUUUCAGAUACUCACUGUUGGUUUUCCAUGGGGAAGGACAGAAUUAUUGCAGUUGUGAUUGAAUAAGAAUCAGGACGUAUACUUAAAAUGAAUCCAACUGCUUGGAGGUUCAGCAGCUGUUUGGGACUCUCAUUCCAUACCUAACAGAUAUUACAAUCAAUUAUUUUACUAGAAAAUCCUAGUGGUGUGGUUGUCUCGUCAUGCAGCUCCUUGAUGAGUGAUGCUGCCUCAGUCUAAUGCACUCUUCCAUUAUCUGUGUCCCUAAAAACAACUGACUGGAAGUGCCUUGUGUUCAGUGGCACAAGGCACCGUAUGUGUACUCUUUCAGGCCACCUGCAGUGCAGAGGAGGGCCUCCACCUCAGGCUGGCCUGGAAAAACCCUGUCUCAGGAGUCCCGGUCUAUGACAUUAGAGCCAGAAAGAAGAGGAAGUGUUUAAUCCAUGUCCUGCUAUAGAGGGUAUUUCUGAUUCUGUACUCUUUCACCUGUAUGGACUAUAAUUUCACUCCCGCGCUAGUAGGUGGGUGAUAAUGCAUGUUCCAUUCUUUCCAGCUGUCCUAGCACUGAUGAAAUAGCAGUCUACGCAAAUGUCAGUGUGAGAUAGAGCUGUGGAAGAGAUGAAUUGCAGGAAAAAGGAUUAGAAAAUAUUCUUGUGGCUCCUUGUUUUAAUAUAUGACUUUGUUACAACACAUUCCUCUUAUUCAGGUUUUUUUAUAGCCUUUACUUAUGGAAUCUUGGGUUUAUUCAUUUUAUAUUACAAGGCACAAUAAAGAAGUUUUAUUAUUCAUUA